AGAGCUGGACGAGCAGCGGACCCGAAGGUGCACUAAGAGUUCCGACGGCUUUAAAUCCUAAGAAAACACACUGCCAGAGUCUACGCGGGACAUCUCGACGACAUCUCAUCCUCUGAAGAGGAAAAACGGAAGAGAUCAGAAACUCUUUGCUGCACUGAAUGAUCUCAUGAACAUGGAGCUGUCAUCAAUAGGAGAGCAAGUGUUUGCGGUGGAGUCAAUAACGAAGAAGAGGAUAAGAAAAGGAAAUGUGGAAUAUCUUUUAAAGUGGCAAGGAUGGUCGCCUAAGUACAGCACCUGGGAACCAGAAGACAACAUCCUGGACCCUCGUCUUGUCCUUGCCUUCGAAGAAAAAGCAGAGAAGGACAGAGCUCUGGCUUAUAAGAAGAAAGGCCUGAGACCUCGUCAAGUUAUUCUGCGGAACAUCUACCCGAUGGACCUUCGAAGUGCACACAAGGUUCCAGAUAAACCCAGUCCAAGAAUCCGUCUGUCACUCACCCGCUCCAUGAGCACCGAAGUGGACCAAAACGGAAGGCGCUAUAGAGAUAGUGUUGUCUACCGUCGCUUAAAGAACAGGUACAAGAACAGGCAGUGCAGAUCCAGACUCUUUGAAGGCAUCAAGCCAUCCAAGCAGACAAUGAGACAUCCACUUCCUGCAAAAGACUGUACAGAGAACGCGUGGAAUGAAGACGAGCAGAAGAGAAAGGUCAAGAAAAUGAGAAAAGAUGAAGAAAACACAACGCAAGUGCAUCAGGACAUUCCGAGUGGUCAAGAGAUGUCCGAGGGUUACAACUCUUCGGCAGAACAGGAAAGUGAAAUCACCAUCAAGGAAGACGAAAACUGCUCUUCCAUUUUUGACCAAGAAGAGAAGCCAAGCGAAGAUACGGGUACAGCCAUAGGAGCACCAGAAAGCAGUACAAUCACAGACACAGAAAAGAAUGAGCCAGUCACAAACACUGCAGGCGACGAGGACUGUGUAUGGGUAUCGCAUGACACAACAAACACUGAUCAAUCAUUACACAAGUGCACUAAGUCAGGAGCUGAGGAAGGUGUGUUUGACAGAGUACAGAACAGACCUUCAGUUAUCGAGGUGCGUCUGAGCGCUAGAUGUGGACAGGAGGAGGUAAGAGAAUCAGCUGAGGUAGGCAGUUCAGAGGCCAAAGACAAGGAAGGGAUUGACGCUGAAGUCACGGCAGAAUUCCAGGUUCCAAUUGACCAAUUACAAACUCCUGUCACAACCGCAGUGCAUCCUGGGAAAGUCAUAGUGACACAGGUGACCAUAAAUUCCUUGACCGUGACCUUUAAAGAGGCUAUGACGGCAGAGGGUUUUUUCAGUGAGUGUGGGCUUGAGGUCUAAAUUGACAAGGAAAUCCAAGAGCAUUUCAUUAGAAACAUGUACAGUUAGUCAGGACCAAGUGAACGACACAGUUCACAGUAGUGAAGCAGAUAUUGUCCAAGCAAGGUAAGGACACCUCCGAGGCAUUUUUCCUUCAAGUUUGUCCUUGUGUCAUUGUGGUAAGUUAACCGUUGAUGGAUGACAUUUCUGAAUAUACUCAGUGAUGCUGUACACCAAGGUUUCAAGCAUGUAACGCAAAUCUCCAUAUCCGUACCACUACUCUUCCAGCAGUCGCCAUUACACUAACUAUAAGAAGAAACCGUUUUAAGUUCCGACUCCAAGACUGAACUUCGGUUACCUCACCUGUUUGUCCUGUAACCAAGCAGGUGGGAAAAGGAAAGAGCACCUGGCUUUGUUUCCAUAUCUGUGCCCGAGCUCUCUUCGCUCUGUUCAGAGGCCUUUGUGCAUUUUUAAAGAGACAGUAUUGGUUUACAUUCACAACCGCUACAGUGGACGCUUUUUUGUAGGGCUAGAUCCUGUUCAUCUGAACACAUGUGCUUUAGGUGUGCUUUUAGCAUGGCAGAAAUCAAAGCCGAGCCUAAAAACAUGUUGUGGUCGUGGUGAUAUUUGGCUUAUAAGCUCUGUUGUUGCUCUCACAUGUGACAACUGCACUUUUUUUGCUUGUAUUUACAGUAAAUAAAUGGAAAAAUAAAGUUGUGGGUGAUUUUAAA